UACAAUAUUAUUCUGCAAGUUGUUUGGGUGGCUAGGAUUAAUGAUUGCCCUUUGCUUCCUCUUGAGCUGCUUGUAAGCACAAAUUUCUCUUCCACUCGUGCAAAAACAUAAAAAUUUCCAUGGCCAAUUUUCAUUUCCAGGCCAUUCUUCAUCCUCUGUUUCUCAUCCAAUUCCUUUGUCUGCUACUUCUUUCAUCAUCUACUUGCACUCUAGCAAUUAAUUACUCCAUAAACUGUGGAUCAGGGUCCAGUGUUAGUCUUGAUGGCCGGAUUUUUGUGGGUGACGAAAAAUCUGAUUCCUUCGCCGGAAAUGGUGUUUCUAUUAGCAACAGUUCAGUAUUACCUGAAAACCCUUCUCCUAUCUAUCAAACCGCGAGAAUUUUCAAGAAGCUGUCAUCAUAUGAGCUCAAAAUCACUGAUAAUGGCAUAUACUUGGUACGUCUUCAUUUCUUCCCAUUCAGCUCCAAAGAGACUGAUCUUUCUGAUGCUUUAUUCAAUGUUUCCACUUCAAAAUUCUUGCUCUUAUCUAAUUUUAGCGUCAAGAACACUGCCCGUUUACCAUUGAUAAAGGAGUUCUUUCUCACCAUCAAUUCAGACAAGCUUAGUAUCUAUUUCAUACCCGCUACAGAGACAUCUUUUGCUUUCGUUAGUGCCAUGGAAGUCCUUAUCCUUCCUCUGGACUUCUUCAAGGAUGAUUAUGUGAUACCGGUCCCUCCGUUAGGUACUUCAAAUGGUUCUUUCCAUGGUUUGCUGUCCAAUGCUUUACACACUCUAUACAGGAUCGAUGUCGGACAAAAUGUUAAUGGUAGUGAUCCCUUCUGGAGGAACUGGGUGGGGGAUGAUCAGUAUCUAGUUCCAGGGUCUUCUGCAAAAAAUUGUUCUCCUUAUUAUGGUAAGCUUAAUCAGGCCUCUGGAGGAACGUAUAUUCAAGAUAUUGCCCCGGACUAUGUGUACGUUACCUGCAAAGAAGUGAGUAUGGGUAACAUAACUUGGCGUUUCAAUGUGCGGAAGAAAGCUAUACAUCUUGUUCGUAUACACUUCUGCGAUAUUCUCAGUCCAUCAGCUGGUUUGUGGAAGUUCGAUUUUUAUAUUUAUACAAAAUUUAGGCGGGUCUUUGAUUCUCAAAUAUUUGGCAGCACUUUGGCAGCACCAUUUUUCCAGGAUUUCGUUGUUCAAUCUGAUGAUUCUGGAUAUAUAAGGUUCAGUAUAGGCCCUAACAAUGAUUCUGGUUGGAAAAUUGCCUUUCUAAACGGAUUGGAGAUUAUGGAGUUUGUAACCAAUACAAGCAUGAAAUUGGAUCAACUUGAACCAGAACAUCCAAGUGGCAAACAUCUUGAUCUUGUUAUUGGUUUUUCAGUUGGGGGUGUGGUUCUGAUUUCCAUUUUAAUAAUCUUAUUCUUGUUUGCUGUGAGACGUAGGAAAGCUAAACCUGUUCAAGCUAUGUUUCUGAAGGAUGACGCUCCUACUGGGAGAGGAACGCCUCACAGUUGGAUAGCUGCAACAACUGUCAAUUCCUUCUCCCCUCUUCCUAAUUUGAACCUCAAGUUAAAGAUGCCUUUCUCUGAAAUACUUGCUGCUACUAGCAACUUCGACACCAAGUUGUUGAUUGGUGAAGGUGGAUUUGGUAAAGUUUACAAAGGAACUCUUCCCACUGGAAUAAAAGUGGCUGUGAAACGAAGCGAUUCAAGCCAUGGCCAAGGGCUUCCAGAAUUCCAGACUGAGGUUACAGUCCUAUCCAAAAUUCGACACCGCCACCUUGUUUCCUUGAUUGGGUACUGCUAUGAAGGAUCUGAAAUGAUUCUGGUUUAUGAAUUCAUGGAAAAGGGUACUCUGAGAGACCACCUAUACAUCUGGAAAGAGAACUCAAAGAGUGAAUCUACACAACCUGUUUUGACUUGGAAGCAGAGGCUUGAAAUCUGUAUCGGUGCAGCUAAGGGUCUCCAUUACCUUCACACUGGUUCAGAUUGGGGAAUCAUUCACCGGGAUGUUAAAUCAACAAACAUCUUACUUGAUGAACAUUAUGUGGCAAAAGUUGCUGAUUUCGGUCUUUCGCAAUCAGGUCCUCCAGAUCCAAACCAAUACAGAAUGAGUCUGAUAGGUAGCUUCGGUUAUCUUGAUCCUGAAUAUCUUAGAACUCUUCGGUUAACAGAGAAGUCUGAUGUAUACUCUUUUGGAGUGGUGCUUCUUGAAGUGCUUUGUGCUCGACCGCCUAUUGUGAAUUCCUCUAGGAGGGAGGAAAUAAACUUGGCUGAAUGGGGAAUGUUCUGGCAAAAGAAAGGGCAACUAGAAAAAAUUAUUGAUUCUUCAUUGGCUGGUCAGAUUAAUCCUAACUCGCUGAGAAAGUUUGGAGAAAUAACUGAGAAGUGCUUGAAGGUAGAAGGAGCUGGCAGGCCUACAAUGAUUGAUGUGUGCUGGGACUUGGAAUAUGCACUUCAGCUACAACAAACUCCAGUGCCCAGAGAACCACACGAGGAUAGCACAACAGACGUUUCAUCGAAUUUUGUAAUGACCCAUUAUAAUAGCGCCUCCAAUGAAGAAAUAUUUGUCGGAGAUGAUGAUGAAACAGAUUCGAUGCCCAUUUUCUCCCGAUCAAUGAUUGAUGAUCCCAGAUAAUCUCCACAAUCAGCAUUCAGAUGAUUCAAUGUCUAGCGUCUACUAUAUUGAAUUUUUGCAACAUUUAGACCAGUAUCAGUAUGUGUGGAUGUUCUAAGAGAAUAGUUCUGUAAGUUCUUUUUUAGUAAAAUUGAUUCCUACUAGGAAGGAGCUCGUUGGUUUCUGUAAGUUAGUCUUUAUCACUGGCUGCAGAAAUCAAUGUGAUAAAUAAGAUGCAGGUGUGAUUGCUGGAAAUUAAAUCGAUUGAUUUUGUUUUUGUGUUA